AUGAUACUUGAUCGAUUUUGUUUACAUAUUUUACCUAAAAUUUGUGAUACAAUCGAAUGCCUUGAUCUUGGAUCAUCAUCUAUGAAACAUAUUUUACGUACUACUCAUUAUCCGAAUCUAUAUACUCUUGGUCUCUAUAAUAUUGAUGAAAAGUCAGUUCGAUCUCUUUUUACUGAUGAAAUUCUUUCAUCUGAUAUUUUCAAAAAUCAGAUUACAAGACUUUUAAUUACAAUUAAUAAAAAUGAUGAUUAUGGGAUGAUGCUAGAAAUACAAUCUUUUAAUGAUUGUCUUCAUCUUCUCGAUGGUCGUUUUAAUCAACUUCACACGCUCUAUGUUGAUUUAGUUAAUCUUCGUCGUCCUCAUGAAAUUCAAAAUCAAGGCGACUUACCAAAUCUAAAGUGCUUUUCUCUCUCCUGUGUUUAUGCAACAUAUUAUUAUAAUGAAACAAUCCUUCCACUUUUAUAUCGAAUGUCAAAUUUAGAAGAACUCGAUUUGUAUUUUUCAGUGGAAGUUGAUGAAACAUUUAUUGAUGGAAACUAUUUGAAGAAAAACAUUAUUAAUCGUAUGACAAGAUUAAAUCAAUUUACAUUUUAUAUUCCCUCAAUCAUGUCUACUCGUAAGGAAAUGAAUUUUCCAUCAACAGAAGAUAUUCAACGCACAUUUAUUGAUUUUCCAGCUAAUAAAAUAAUUUCUUAUCUUGAUUAUUUUCCAGAGAUAAAACAAAGUCGAUGUCAUAUUUACUCAUAUCCAUCUUUUAUGCCAUAUUACAGCGAUAUUACAAAUAAUUUUCCAGGCGGAUUAUUUCAAUAUGUUCGUGUAGUGUCAUUAUAUGAUGAACAUCCUUUUGAACAUGAAUUUUUUCUUCGAAUUGUUCAAUCAUUUCCAUUUAUGGAAAAACUGUCUUUGAAAAAUAAUAAAUCACAGAAUCGAAAACAAUCUUAUGAAUCAAACAAUGAUAAUCAAAACUUCUCUGUUAUUGAAUAUUCUUUUCUUAGUGAACUUGUUAUUAUCGAUGCCCAUGAUGAUUAUAUAGAAGAAUUUCUAUUUGAUACCAAAACGUAUUUGCAAAAUAAUAUUAUUCUUCAGAUCAAUUAUGAAUCUUUACAGCGUGUGACACAUAAUUUCACAACAAAUGCUGCACGAAUUCAUUCUACCAAAAUAAGUAAAUUAUAUUUAUAUGGUAAAACAAAAUGUUCCAAUUCUUGUUUACAAGAAUAUUUUCCUUAUGCAAAAAUAUGUUAUCCAGAUAUAUUUUGA